AAUACAACAGAAAACCUUUAAUACUCUUAAUGCAGGAUAACCAAGAGAGGUGAAGUAUGUUUACAUUCUCCUCUUCUCCUUCUUCCUUCUCUCAUUUCGAUGUCAUCGAUGAUUCUGGUAAUUGUCUGCGUCAACAUUAUUCAUUCUCUCUCUCUCUCUCUCUCUCUCUCUCUCUCUCUCUCUCUCUCUCUCGAGCAGAUAUGAAAGUGUUCACUACGAAAGGCAACAGGAAAAUUGCAGUAAUAUGUAGAUUUUUGGACUUAUUCUAUCCAUAUAUUUUUAUUCAGUCAAUAAUUUGCUCAUAUGCAGUUAUAUUAUUUGCGUGAAUUCACAUCCAGGGAUAGUUUUUUUUAUUAAAUUAACUAUGGAAAAAGGGCAUGAUCAAAGACAUUGACAACCAAACAUCAUUACUGUAUGUAAUCAUUAGUUGGAAGACAACAAAUUGUGUGUGUGUGUGUGUGUGUUUGUUUAUCUGAAAUUAUACCACAGAGAAAAAUGAAACUGAAAAAAAUCCCACAUAGUUUCACCUGUUUUCUAAAAUGUCUCCAAGAGGACUUAUAGACAGUGCGUGGUAUAGAAGGCGAUUUUCAUCUGUUCCUCCAGAGUUUUGUCCUUCAACGAUGCAGGAGACGAGGAACGAAGAGUCGGCUUCAACAAGUGGAUUUGAUGCAGGAGAAGAGGAAAGAAGAGUGUUUUCUCCUUGAAGACGGAGGAACGAAGAGUCAGCUUCAACAAGUGGAUUCCGAAUCCCCCGAAAAAAGCUUGUAUCGGAGAAAGAGUGGAUUCGGGGAAACGGAAGACCUGUGGAAUCCCGAAAAGAAUCAUGAGGCAUAUCCUACAACAUACCUUACCGCCAGCGCUUGUCGGAUCACGUAUGAUCAAAAUGAAAUUACUAUCGAAAUGCAUUGCUUUUGCUGGAUCUCUAAUCGCUACAGUGUUUUGGCAGGGAAACACCGUUUCCCUGAAUACAGAUUGGAAUCUCCUUCAGGAGAAUAAUAAUAAUAAUAUAAUACAGGACAAUGUGGAAAAUUGCUUCCCUGGAUCUGCCUGGCUUAAGAACACGAAUCUUUUCAUGAGGAAACUUGCUCCACUGCCCCCCGCCAUUGAAGCUGGCGAAGGUAACAAGGCAAAGCGAGGAAUAGGACUACUUCCAUUGUUGCCUCGAUUCCUCAAGGAAUAUUUACGCAGUUACAACCAAAAGCUUUUCCUGAGACGUUCAUGUAGUUCCUGCGAAGGUAUAGUUCCUGGACUAGGUUUCAAGGACUUCCUAAAAACUGGGGCAGCACUUUUAUUGCUCGCCGCCGUUCUGGGGAUUGAGUACUACUUGACAGGAAUUGAGCGCUCAAACCGAAAGACCUCUGCGGAUCUCCAAUUGGAAACGGAGGAGCUUCGGGAAGAGGUAGAUCGAUUGUCACAAGAGAAUGAAGAAUUCAGAAGCGACAAUGAACGAGAAGACCUCCAAGCUGAAAAUGAACCGCUGGAAGAAGAACACGUACAAAUCGAGCCGAUUUACAACGACGUGGAAAUUAACUUCAUCUCCGAUGAGUCUCUCCAGCGUCAAGUCCAGCUGGUGAAUUUCUUAGGCGAGGGAGCCAACGGAUGGACAGACAUCGUUCUGUUCAACGGGGAGCGUUGCGUCAUGAAGACAGCCAAAGGGAACAAGCUGCCACUGGACGAGCUACAGAUCUUGGCCCACCUGAACGGGGCAGGAGGAGCCCCGAAACUUCUGGCCACGUCCAAGAAGCGGUGCGUCAUGUCGAUGGUAGGAGACUGCACGUUGGAGGACUUGAUAACAAAAAGCAAAUACGGCCAAGAUUUCCUGUUAAAGGCCAUCAAGCAAGUCUGCGACAAAAUACAGGAGAUGCAUAAUAAAUCAAUUCUGCACAACGACAUCAAACCGGACAACAUCAUUUACAACAAGGCCACGAAGGAGUUCAGUCUCAUCGAUUUCGGCCUAUCAACAGAAAUAGGAGAGAGACUUUUGGAUAUCUGGGAUCCAGAGGUGUUCCGAAGGCUCUUUUGGAUGUCCCCCGAGACUAAAAUGUAUGAGCCAUUAUGUCCAAAAUCAGAUGUCUACUCGGUCGGAGUAAUGAUGGGUUCAAUCUUAGACAUGUUCAACUGGCCUAGACGAAAAGCCAUUGCUCUUGCAAACAGAGCAAAGUCUGGAAGAGUCGAAGAAAGACCGACACUGCAGGAGUUCAUGGAGGAGCUGGAACAGGCUCUGAGAGGCAAAGAAUCUAGACGAAGAUGGAAGGAAAAAUUUGGAUUCAAAAACAUUCAAAAAUUUUUCCGUAACAUCAGAAUUUCCAGCCCAGGACUAAUGAAGAAAAUGAUGAGGAAAAAGAAAAAAGACAAAACUUACCCGCGACCAAACCCAAAGACACCUCUGCCAUCACAUAAGAAGAAGCGCAAUAUUUGGGGCAAAGUCAGAAAGAAAUUACAGAUGCCAUUCAAGAAGAGUUAG